CCGACGCACCGCAAGAUGGCCGCCUCGCUGUCGGGGAUGUUCUCGCAUCCGCCGCAAAACCCCAACCCGCCGCCGCCGCCGCCACCGCCUCCUCCUCCCCCCGGGCCCGGACCCGGGGCCACUGCUCCUGCCGCCGUGUCGGUACGGCCUCCCAGCACCCUUGUGGACGAACUGGAGGCUUCAUUUGAGGCAUGUUUUGCAUCCCUGGUCAGUCAAGACUAUGUGAAUGGUACGGAUCAAGAAGAGAUUCGAACAGGUGUGGAGCAAUGCAUCCAAAAGUUUUUGGAUGUCGCCAGGCAAACUGAGUGUUUCUUCCUUCAGAAGAGACUGCAGCUUGCUGUACAAAAACCUGAACAAGUCAUAAAAGAGGAUGUUUCCGAAUUAAAAAAUGAACUACAGAGAAAGGAAGCCUUGAUCCAAAAACAUCUCAGCAAGCUGCGACACUGGCAACAAGUCCUGGAAGAUAUCAACGCACAGCCUAAAAAAUCAGCUGAUCUUGCUCAAGGACCUUUAGCCUACCUUGAACAAGCAUCUGCAAACAUCCCAGCUCCACUAAAGCAAACGUGAAGCUUAUGUCAUUAUACAUGUCAGCGGAGCAUCUGGAAGUUUCACUUGAACUUUUCUCCUAAAUCAGUUUCAAGUUAUCCCUUGAAUGAAGGUCGCUACAGAGUGUAAAUAUGCAGAAACAAAAUCACUUUGAAAGUCACUUCAUUUUGAUUAAUGGUAUAAAUGUUUGUUAUAUGAUUAAUUGUUUGGGUUAAAUGUCUGUAAUUAUAUUGUGAGCUCAAUUGUUACAAUAAAAAUGCAUUAAUUGA